GUUGCUGCGUACAAGUUACAACAUGUACAUACCGCCAGUUAACUUUCACUUGGAAACUGAGAUUUAAAAGUUCAUUUCGUUUAGGUUCAGCUAUGUAAAAGAAGGAAGGAUUGCAUUUGAGAUAGCAAUAAGAUGGAAGGGAAAAACGUUCCUGUAUUCGGUAUGCUGGUGCCUCGUCCUCCCAGAAAACCUCCACAGCACAGACCUGCAGUUUUGAGUCACAGACAUAUCCUCCCUUCAGUCAGAAAAUGCUGUGUGAAUGAACAGAAGGGCCUCUACUCAGAUGUUGUCAGUACUCUCCAUUUUCAGUCUCCAAUAGAGGGACCUGAGACCCAGCAGAGGACACAGGGUCAAUCCAUCCUGAAGUUCAGGAAUUGCCAAAGAGCAAAAUAUAUGUCCAAGGUCCAGCUACCUUACCAAACUGCUCCUGGACAGAUCCCCCGCAAGUUACAGAUAGAGAGAUGCCGGAGGGAAUAUUUGAAGUUGGACUUGGAGCAACUUCUGGCAGAAAAGGGCAUAUUCUCCAGUCAUCUAAUCACAAGAAAUCAGCGCAGCAGUGAGCCUGGAACAACAUUGGACCAUACUGUGUCACCUUACCUCCCCCUAGAGAUAUUUGACAAUGAGGAAUAUGACUGCAGGAAUCCUGAAGAGUGGCUUACCUUGUACAAUGUUGAAGGAUCACCUGAUAGAAAAACGGUCAUUGGAAAAGCCCUCCUGCCUACAGAGAACAAGAUUCCUUCUGAGGACCCGGAAAUCACCUCGUUGGAGUACAGCUGGCAUUUAGUUGCAGUUCUUGACUUUAGCAAGGAGAAAUGUCAGUACUUUGUACAGAGGGUUUACCAGAACUCCAAGAUGACAGGGGUGAACACCAUACAAGCAGACACUGGAUACUGGGUACCCAGAAUAAGAUUGUUAUUCAUUGCUGAGAACCCACGUGUCUUUGUCGAACGUAUCCAAUUUGCCCUGCGUUGGAGGGAUAACACAGAAGCUCUGAUUCUGUAUCACUUGUCUGUGGACUGCAUGCCAAUCUGGACUGGAACACCAUCUAUUAAUGCUCACAGUCUCGAGCGUAUUAAAGGGUAUACUGUUUCAGCCCCUGGGCUCAGGCUUGAAAUUCUAGAGAAGUAUCUUGGGGACCUGGAGAAGGAGGUCAAACUGGAAUAUGACCGUACAAUGAACCGCUUGAGCUUUGACAAAAUAGUUAAGAGCCAACCAGAGGAUUUCUCACACAUCACAGUGCCACAGAAGGAUCCUGAGUAUGCACCACAAAAAGGGUUCAUUCAAGUACCUUACUUUGACUAUGAGGGACACCAAGCAGCUUUUCUCUCUAUGACCUUGCUGAGAAAGUCAGAGGUGAUCUCUGUGUUAUCUGAUAUGUGGUUGGAGUGCAACAAAGUAGCAACCAUGAAACUGUUCGAUGUCUCAUCAAUCAAACCACUGCGACUUGAUGAUUUUGAAGUCAAACAGUCCCAAGUACAUACUCAGAUAAUCUUGUAUCUUAGGAAGGCAUGGUUAACUGCUCUAAGCAAAAGCAUCCAUUAGAUGGGUGAUAUUGGCCCGGGCUCAUACGACAUCAAUGAGUCCUGCUGGGAGAUGUAUAAGUUUUCCAAGCUGUUUAAACUAAUGGCUGUGAUGCGCUUCAUAAUGCAGGACUCCCUCCGCUUCCUUGUUCAGAACUCUCUGGUCAGCCUGACUAAGCUGUUUUUAGACGCCUGCCAAAGUGUGCUGACAUGUCCUCAGGACCUGGUGUGGGGAAACAACCUCAUCACCAGCCCCUACAAGCCAAAGGAGAGCCCUCUGUUCUUGGUGGACUUGGUGCUGGAUCAGACUGGAGUCCAUUACAGCACUCCUCUGGAGAAUUUUGAGACAUCUGUUAUUAACCUGUUCGAUAAGGGUAUUUUGGCCACCUACAAUGUACCACAGCUCGAUAAGUUUGUGAUGAAGAAGUUAUUCAUCGCUAGUGAUCCCUUGCUUGAGUCAGUGAGCUUGUGGGAAACAGGUGUAAAUGAACUGAGAGAGAAGGUCCGCAGUGCCGUGAUACAAGCAACCAUACCUCUCAGGGCUUAUGCUGCUGAAUAUGAGAAAUACUUGGAGCUACACAAUUUGGACGUAGAAACUCACCUCAAAUCUAUUGUGAAUGAUGAACUGACAUCCCAAAUAGUGAAGAGAGAGGUUGAACAGCAUCUCAAAGACAAGGAAAUAAUUGAACACUCCCUGCCAUCCUCAAUUGUCAUUGGUCCGUUUAUUGUCCGUGUGGAAACUGUGCGUCAGGCUCUGUCUUCUAAAAGAAAGGCUCUGGCCAAUGCAAUGUUGGAGCAUUUUGGCCAGAAGUUACGCAAACAAGUUGAUGAUGCAUGUGAAGAGUGUAACAUAAUAAGCAGGAAGCUGUAUGAGAAGCCCAGCAGCAUUGAAGAGCUGACUGAAAAGAGGGACUGGAUGAAGCAAAUCCCAGAACAGCUCAAUAUUUACAAGGAAGCCCUUGGAAAGACCCUGACAGACUAUGAUCUAAUGGACGAAUUUCUCUAUUGUCUUUCAAAUGACAAUGUUAACAAAAAAUGGACAGCUAUUGGAUGGCCACAAAGGAUAAUCAGUCAGAUGAAAGAAGUAGCUGCUCAAAGCGUAGAAGAUGAGGAACGCUUCCAUAAACAGCAACUGGCUGACCAGAACCACUUUGAGGAGCUUCUAAAGUCUCUGCAGAUGCUGGUUGCUGGGUUUGCGGGCCACUCAGACAUUGAUCAUGCUCAUGAGGUGGCCAACGAGAUGAGGCGCACUAACAAAGAACUAAAGGAAUGCCAGACGUUGGCUCAAACUUACAACACCAGAGAACGCUUGUUGGGUAUUCCCGUCACCAAUUACGUUUGCCUGCAAAAACUGAUAAAAGACUUCCAGCCCUUCAACGACCUCUGGACCACCACUUCUAAAUGGCUACGUUGGCAUGAGAGCUGGCUCAAUGACCCACUGUCCUCCAUCGACCCUGAGCAGCUUGAGCGCAAUGUUACAGAUGCCCACAAGACUAUGCACAAAUGUUCCAAACAGUUCAUGGACAUUCCUGACUACCAGUUUGUGGCGUCUGUAAUCCGCAGCAGAAUUGAGGACUUCCGUCCUAACAUUCCUCUGAUUCAAGGCCUGAGGAACCCAGGGAUGAGAAGACGCCACUGGGAGAUGCUUUCAGAACGGAUUCAGAUGAAAGUCAUGCCCAAGGCCAACCUGACUUUCUCCCGCUGCCUGGAGCUUGGCCUCCAGAAUCAUGUGGAUGACAUAGCCCAUGUUGCUGAGGUGGCUGGGAAAGAGUUCACCAUUGAACAGGCCCUGGAAAAGAUGGAGCAAGAGUGGUCAAAUGUGUUCUUUGAAGUUUUACCCUACAAGGAUACAGGCACCUACAUCUUUAAGAGUCCAGAUGAAGCCUCCCAGUUGCUGGAUGACCACAUAGUCAUGACCCAGAGCAUGUCCUUUUCCCCCUUUAAAAAGGCCUUUGAAGGCCAUAUCAACAUAUGGGAGAGCAAGCUCAGGAUCACUCAAGAUGUGCUGGAGGAGUGGGUGACAUGUCAGCGCUCCUGGCUCUACUUGGAGCCCAUUUUCAGCUCUGAUGAUAUAAACCAGCAGCUGCCUGUGGAAGGAGAAAGAUACCAGAAAAUGGAACAAAUUUGGAGGAGAGUAAUGAAAAGUGCCUUCAAUAAACCACAGGUGAUUGAGCUGUGUCCAGAUGCUCACCUACUGCACAAUCUGAAAGAGUGCAAUACACUGUUGGAAGAGGUGCAGAAAGGUCUCAGUGAGUACUUGGAGACAAAGCGAAGUUCCUUUCCCAGGUUUUACUUCCUGUCAGAUGAUGAGCUCCUUGAGAUUCUGUCCCAGACCAAAGAUCCUACUGCUGUGCAACCACACUUGCGCAAAUGCUUUGAGAACAUUGCACAGCUUCAAUUCCAGUCAGAUCUACAGAUCACUCACAUGUACUCGGGGGAAGGAGAGGAGGUGAAGCUUUCCGUGCUAGUGUGGCCUACAGGAAAUGUGGAGGACUGGCUCAAGGAUGUUGAGAAUUCUAUGAAGGCCACAUUGAGAGAUAAUAUUGAGCGCUCCCUCAAAGUCUACCCUGAGCAACCUCGAGCAGAGUGGGUGUUAUCGUGGCCUGGCCAAGUGGUCAUAGCUGGUUGUCAGGUCUUCUGGACCACUGAGGUGUCUGAGGCUUUGGAGCAGGGAGACUUGGCCAGCCGUCUUUAUCCCCAACUGCAGACACAGCUGGGUGACUUGGUGCAGCUGGUGAGAGGAGGUUUGUCGAGGAUGCAGCGAGCUGUGCUUUCAGCUCUUAUCGUCAUUGAGGUGCAUGCUAAAGAUGUUGUAGCCAAACUAGUGGAACAGGAGGUCUCAAGCGUCAAUGACUUUGAGUGGAUCAGCCAACUCAGAUAUUACUGGGCAAAAGAUGACCUGUACAUCCGUGCAGUGAAUGCAGAGUUUUUGUAUGGAUAUGAGUAUCUCGGUAACUCCGGACGCCUUGUCAUCACCCAGCUCACUGACAGAUGCUACUUGACCCUAACAGGAGCUCUACAUCUGAAGUUUGGGGGGGCUCCUGCGGGUCCAGCAGGUACAGGAAAGACAGAAACCACUAAAGACCUGGGAAAGGCUCUGGCUAUUCAGACAGUUGUUUUCAACUGCUCUGAUCAGCUUGACUUCAUUGCUAUGGGAAAGUUUCUCAAAGGACUGGCGAGCUCGGGUGCCUGGGCAUGCUUUGAUGAGUUCAAUCGGAUUGAUGUUGAAGUGCUUUCUGUAGUGGCACAGCAGAUUACCACCAUACAAAAGGCCCAACAGCAAAGGGCAGAGCGAUUUAUGUUUGAGGGAUCAGAGAUCCCUCUUGUCCCUUCUUGUGCUGUUUUCAUCACCAUGAAUCCAGGAUACGCUGGACGCACUGAACUUCCUGACAAUCUGAAGGCCCUGUUUCGUCCUGUGGCUAUGAUGGUCCCCAAUUACGCUAUGAUAGCUGAGAUCUCCUUGUACUCAUUUGGCUUUAGUGAUGCCAAAGUCCUCUCCAAGAAGAUCACCACGACAUUCAAGCUCUCAUCUGAACAGCUUAGCUCUCAGGACCAUUAUGAUUUUGGUAUGAGAGCUGUGAAGACUGUCAUCUCAGCUGCUGGCAAUCUGAAGAGAGAAAAUCCUGACAUGAAUGAGGAGUUGAUCUGUCUGCGGGCAAUUCAAGAUGUCAAUGUGCCAAAGUUUUUACAGGACGACUUGAAGCUCUUCCACGGUAUUGUGUCAGAUCUUUUCCCUAAGACUAAGCAGGAGCCAAUCAACUACGGCUCCCUGGAGGAGUCCAUGCGUAAUGUUUGCAAAAACAAGAACCUCAAAGAUGUGGAUGGGUAUAUUAGUAAAUGUAUUCAGCUGUAUGAGACCACUGUGGUGAGACAUGGCCUGAUGUUGGUCGGGCCCUCUGGAUCAGGUAAAACCAAGUGUUAUGAGAUACUAGGUGCUGCAAUAACAGCUCUGAAGGGCCAGCCCUCUGUGAGUGGAGGUGAGUAUGAGGCGGUUCAGACAUUUGUCCUCAACCCAAAGUCCAUCACCAUGGGACAGCUAUAUGGAGAGUAUGACUUGCUCACACAUGAGUGGACAGAUGGGAUCCUCUCAUCCCUUAUCCGAAGAGGUUCAGUAUGCAUGGACAAAGAGAAGAAAUGGUACAUGUUUGACGGGCCAGUGGAUGCUGUAUGGAUUGAGAACAUGAACACUGUGCUGGAUGACAACAAAAAACUGUGCCUCAGCUCAGGGGAAAUCAUGAAGCUCACAGAUGUGAUGACUAUGAUGUUUGAGGUGCAAGACUUAGCAGUGGCAUCCCCAGCCACAGUGUCUCGCUGUGGUAUGGUGUACCUGGAGCCCAGUAUUUUGGGCCUCAUCCCUUUCACAGAGUGCUGGCUGAGGAAGGUUCCUGAAGCCCUGAAACCGUACACAGAGCAGCUGAACUCCCUGUUUGCCAGGUUCUUGCAGGACUCAAUCAGAUUUGUCCGCUCAUCAGUAAAAGAGGUCAUCACAUCCCUGGACAGCAAUCUUGCCUGUAGUCUGAUUAAACUUAUGGACUGCUUCUUCAGACCCUUUAAUGAGGGAGACAAGCCACCUCCCAAAAAGAAACUGGAGCGUCUGAAGGAGCUGAUUGAGCCCUGGUUCUUUUUUUCUCUGGUGUGGAGUGUAGGAGCCACAGGAGACGCAGCCAGCUGUAAGCGCUUCAGUGCCUGGCUCAAGAACAAAAUGGCUGAAGAAAAGAUUCAGUUAUGUUUUCCUGAGGAGGACUCAGUAUAUGACUACAGUCUCGAGGAUGCAGGAAUAAGUCAUUUUGAGGACGAUGAUGAAGAUGAGGAACAAAGGGUCCAGUGGGUAAACUGGAUGAAAUCUGCAAAGAGUGACGUCAUCACACCAGAGACAAAUUAUGCUGACAUUAUCGUUCCCACUGCUGACACAGUGAGAAGGUCUUUCCUCAUGGAUAUGCUUUUGUCCGAUAAGAAACCUGUGCUCUGUAUUGGGCCUACUGGCACAGGAAAGACCCUAACCAUGUCUGACAAGCUUCUGAAGAACAUGCCUGCUGAAUACAUCACACACUUCCUCAUGUUUUCUGCCCGCACCUCAGCCAACCAGACUCAAGAUUAUAUUGACAGUAAACUUGAAAGAAGGCGAAAAGGUGUGUUUGGACCUCCAGUAGGGAAGCACUUCAUCUUCUUCAUUGAUGACCUUAACAUGCCCAUGUUGGAAACCUAUGGAGCUCAGCCUCCUAUUGAACUGCUGAGGCAGUGGAUGGACCACAGAGGCUGGUAUGACAGGAAACAGAUAGGGACUUUCAAGGAAGUAGUGGACAUCAAUUUUGCCUGUGCAAUUGGACCCCCAGGGGGAGGCAGGAACCCCAUCACGCAGCGUUUUACACGCCACUUCAACUUCCUGUCUUUCACUGAAAUGGAGGAUGCCAGCAAGAAAAGGAUUUUCUCCACCAUUUUGGGUGGUUGGAUGGAUGGAAUUAUGAGUAUAAAGGAGCCAGGCAGACCUGUACCAGCAAUCCAGCCAUUUAAUGAGCCUCUGGUAGGUGCUACAAUCAGAGUCUACGCUACCAUUACAUCCCAGCUUCUUCCAACUCCAGCCAAAUCCCACUACACCUUCAACCUCAGAGACCUGUCCAAAGUCUUCCAGGGCAUCCUGAUGGCGGACGCUGGAAUGAUAGAGGACAAACUGCAGCUGUUGCAGCUUUGGUACCAUGAAAGUUGCAGGGUUUUCCGGGACCGCCUGGUGUGUGCUGAGGACAGGGACUGGUUCAACAGACUCCUCAAAGACUGCAUUGAGGAGUUUGACUGCAACUUUGAUGAAGUCGUGGCCUGCCAACCUGUUUUGUAUGGAGAUUUCAUGUUUCCCCGAGCUGAUCAAAAAAUCUACACCCUGAUAGAGGACAAGGAAAAGUUGGGUAGAGUGAUGGAAGAAUACAUGGAUGACUACAACCAGACCAGUACCACCAAGAUGAAGCUGGUUCUCUUCAUGGAUGCCAUUGAACACGUGUGUCGUAUCAGCCGCAUCUUGCGCCAGCCCCUGGGCAACGCUCUGCUGCUUGGAGUGGGUGGGAGUGGACGCCAGUCACUCACAAAGCUGGCCUCAUUUAUAUCAGAAUAUGAAUGUUUCCAGAUUGAGCUGGCCAAGAACUACGGUCAAGCAGAGUGGAGAGAAGAUAUUAAAAGCAUCAUGCUGAAGGCCGGUCUCCAGAACCAGCAGAUCACCUUCCUCUUUGUAGACACACAGAUUAAGAGUGAGUCAUUCUUGGAGGAUAUCAACAACAUCUUGAACUCUGGAGAUGUUCCCAACCUGUAUGCUUCAGACGAGCAGGAGAGAAUUCUUUCAGCCAUGAAGCCAGUGGUUCAAGACCUGGGACAGCAGCCGACUAAAGCCAACCUUAUGGCUGCUUAUAUUAGGAGGGUCCGCAGCAACAUCCACACUGUACUCUGCAUGAGUCCUAUUGGGGAGGUGUUUCGUGCACGGCUGAGGCAGUUUCCCUCCCUGGUGACCUGUUGUACCAUAGACUGGUUCAGUGCCUGGCCAGAGGAGGCUCUGCAGGCUGUUGCGACAUCAUUUCUCAAUGAGCUGCCUGAGCUUGAAGCAAGCCCCACAGCCAUGAGAGGACUGACAUUGAUGUGUGUUAAGAUCCACCAGACAGUGGCCAGGAAGUGUGAACAGUACCUGGCAGAGCUUUCGCGCCACAACUAUGUCACACCCAAAAGCUACUUGGAACUGCUCAAAAUCUUUUCUGAUCUUAUCGGACGCAAGAAGCAAGAAUUAUGUGGUGCUCGUCAGCGCAUGAAGACUGGCCUGGACAAGCUUCUUAGCACAGCCGAUGAUGUGAGUAACAUGCAAGAAGAGCUGGAAACGAUGAGACCUCUCUUGGAGGAGGCCGCCAGAGACACUGAAAGCACAAUGGAGACCAUCAAAAAAGACACGGUGGUUGCAGAAGAGACAAGGAAGUCCGUACAGGCCGAAGAAGCAAAAGCUUCAGAAAAAGCCUGCUUUGCAGGAGCAAUUGCAGCAGAUGCCCAGAGAGACUUGGAUGAGGCUCUGCCAGCCCUGGAUGCAGCUCUCACCAGCCUUAAGUCACUCAACAAGGGUGAUGUCACUGAGGUACGAGGAAUGCAGCGACCUCCACAGGGGGUGAAACUGGUUAUUGAGGCCAUGUGCAUUAUGAAGGGCAUCAAACCUAAGAGGGUUCCUGGAGAGAAGCCUGGUACCAAGAUUGAUGACUACUGGGAUGCUGGUAAGGGUCUUCUUCAAGACCCUGGCAAGUUUCUGGAGGGCCUCUUCAAUUAUGAUAAGGAUAACAUCCCUGACAGUGUGAUAAACUUAGUCCAACCUUAUAUAGAUAACGAGGAAUUCCAGCCAGCUUCCAUUGCAAAGGUUUCCAAAGCCUGUACCUCCAUUUGCCAGUGGGUGCGAGCCAUGCAUGUAUAUCAUUUCAUAGCCAGGGCCGUGGAACCUAAAAGGCAAGCUCUCCAAGAGGCCCAGGACGACUUAGCAGCUACCCAGCUCAUACUGGAUGAUGCCAACGCACAGCUGGUAGCUGUGGAAGGUGGCAUUGCCACUUUGCAGGCCAAGUACGAAGACUGCCUGUCUAAGAAAGAUGAGCUGGACAAGAAGUUUCAACUGUGUGGGGCCCGCCUCGUCCGAGCAGAUAAGCUGAUAGGAGGUCUUGCAGAUGAGAAGGUGCGCUGGAAGGAAACAGUGCUACAUCUGGAUUAUAUGGUCAAUAAUGUGGCCGGUGACGUGCUUCUAUCUGCAGGAUAUGUGGCAUACUUGGGACCCUUUACUGGAGAGUACCGGUCCGCCAUGGCAGAGGAGUGGCUGCAUUGUUUCAAAGAGUUUAAUGUCCCACACACUGAGGAUCCAAACCUGAUCAGCACCCUAGGGGAUCCAGUCAAGAUCCGUUCCUGGCAGAUAUCAGGUUUGCCCAAGGAUAACCUUUCAGUGGAGAAUGGUGUGAUUGCCCAAUACUCUCUGCGCUGGCCUCUCUUCAUUGAUCCUCAGGGACAAGCCAACACAUGGAUAAAAAACAUGGAGCGAAACAAUGGAUUGGAGGCAAUGAAGCUAAGUGACCGGGACUUCCUCCGCAGUCUUGAGAACGCCAUUCAGUUUGGUAAACCCUGCCUCCUGGAGAAUGUAGGAGAGGAGUUGGAUCCUGCACUAGAACCUGUUUUGUUGCAACGGACAUUCAUGCAGCAAGGCAGUAUGAUGCUGAAGCUGGGCGACAAAGCCAUCCCUUACCAUAAAGGCUUCAAGAUGUACAUCACUACUAAGCUUCCUAAUCCACACUACUCUCCAGAAGUCUCCACCAAUGUCACCCUUAUAAAUUUCACCCUGUCUCCAAGUGGUCUAGAGGACCAGUUAUUGGGCCAAGUUGUUGCUGAGGAACGCCCAGACCUAGAAGAGGCUAAAAACCAGCUGAUCAUCAGCAAUGCCCAAAUGAAAGAGGAGCUAAAAGGAAUUGAGGAUGAGAUCCUGUUCCGUCUCAGCUCCACUGAAGGAAACCCUGUGGACAAUGAGGAGCUCAUUCAAGUGUUGGAGGCUUCCAAGAUCAAAGCAGGAGAAAUCAAGGCUAAAGUGAUGGCAGCAGAGCAGACUGAGCAGGACAUUGAUGCCACUCGUCUAGAGUAUGUUCCCGUUGCUGUGCGCACACAGAUUCUCUUCUUCUGUGUGUCAGACUUGUCCAAUGUUGACCCCAUGUACCAGUAUUCACUGGAGUGGUUCCUUGGCAUCUUCAUGGCAGGGAUUGAGAACUCUGAAAGAGCAGAAACGGUGGAGGAAAGAAUCGCAAACAUCAGUGAAUUUUUCACCUUCAGUCUGUACAGCAACGUGUGCCGCAGCUUGUUCGAGAAGCACAAACUUAUGUUUUCCUUCCUCCUGUGUGCUCGCAUCAUGAUGAAUGAUAACAAAAUUAAUAUGGCGGAGUGGCGCUUUCUGCUAUCUGGAGGGAUGCCCAUCCAAGAGCUAACAAACCCUGCGGUGAGUUGGCUGUCAGAUCGAGCCUGGCAGGACAUCCUGGGGCUCAGUGAUCUGGACAAAUUCAGCAACCUGGCAGGGAGCUUCAGUCAACAUCUUCAGGGAUACAAAAGGAUUUUUGAUAGCAACCACCCUCACAGGGAGCCUCUUCCAGGAGAGUGGGACUCAGAGCUGGAUUCAUUCCAGAAGCUGUUAGUCCUGCGCUGUCUGAGGGCUGACUGUCUUGUUCAAGGCCUACAGGACUUUGUAUCAGCUCAGCUGGGACAGUGCUUCAUAGAACCUCAGACGUCAGACCUGUCUGUGGUCUUCAAGGAGUCCUCCCCCUCCACUUCCCUAAUCUUUGUGCUGUCCCCUGGCACUGAUCCUGCAGCUGACCUCUACAAGUUUGCAGACGUCAUGCAGUUCUCAAAGAAAAUGAGUGCCAUCUCACUGGGCCAGGGCCAGGGCCCCUGGGCUGAGAAACUGAUGCAUGCUGCCAUGGAACGAGGUCAGUGGGUCUUCUUCCAGAACUGUCAUCUGGCUCCCAGUUGGAUGCCGUCCCUGGAGAGACUCAUUGAGAAUAUCGACCCAGUAAAGGUUCACAGAGACUUUCGUCUGUGGCUCACAAGUCUCCCCAGCAACAAGUUUCCUGUCUCCAUCCUCCAAAAUGGGUCAAAAAUGACUAUUGAGCCUCCAAGGGGAAUCAAGGCCAAUCUACAGAAAACCUACUUGAGACUCACCAAUGAGUUCAUCUCGUCCUCAACAAAGGUCACACACUUGAAGUCUUUACUCCUUUCUCUGUGUCUUUUCCAUGGAAUUUCUCUGGAGCGAAGGAAGUUUGGUCCACUAGGUUUUAACAUACCCUACGAGUUCACAGAUGGAGACCUGAAUAUCUGUAUCAGCCAACUCAAAAUGUUUCUGGACGAGUACCAGGACAUCCCAUUCAAGGUACUAAAAUACACUGCUGGAGAGAUAAAUUAUGGCGGCCGUGUGACAGACGACUGGGACAGGAGAUGUUUGCUCAGUGUGUUGGAGGAUUUCUACUGUCCUGCUGUGCUUGUUGAUGAGCAUGUCUACUCUUCAUCUGGAGUCUACCGUCAGAUUGAUACAAAUCUGGAUAUCAAGGGGUACUUGGCAUACAUCCGUGGUUUGCCCAUCAAUGACACACCUGAGAUUUUUGGUCUCCAUGACAACGCUAACAUCAGCUUUGCCCAGAAUGAGACAUUUGCCCUGCUGGGAGCUGUGGUUCGUCUCCAGCCCCGUACUGCAUCUGCUGGGGGGAAAACCCUGGAGGAGAUAGUGGAGGAGAUAGUGGGAGGUAUUGUUGAAAAGAUACCUCAGCCUUUCAGUGUUCAGGAGGUGAUGGAAAAGUACCCGGUCAUCUAUGAAGAGUCCAUGAACACUGUGCUCAUCCAGGAGGUCAUCAGAUAUAACAAGUUGCUGGAGGUCAUCUCUCAGAGUCUGGGUGAUAUUGUAAAGGCUCUGAAGGGUUUAGUGGUGAUGUCAUCAGAGCUGGAGCUCAUGGCCAACAGCCUGUUCAACAACUUGGUGCCUGACAUGUGGAAAGCCAAGGCUUACCCGUCUCUGAAGCCUCUGGCCUCUUGGGUGUCGGACCUACUUCAGAGGAUCAAUUUCCUGCAGAGAUGGAUCUAUAAUGGCAUUCCACCUGUCUUCUGGAUCAGCGGCUUCUUUUUCCCCCAGGCUUUUCUCACUGGAACCCUCCAGAACUACGCCCGUCGCUCUGGCACCUCCAUUGACACAAUUGGAUUUGAUUUUGAGGUAACAGUGAAGUCAGUGUCAGAGAUAACAGAGAAACCAAACACGGGCUGCUACAUCCAUGGUCUAUUCCUGGAGGGGGCUCGGUGGGAUAACAAGGAAGGUCAGCUCAGGGAUUCUAGGCCCAAGGAGCUCUACACAGAAAUGGCCAUCAUCUGGCUCAUUCCCAAACCCAAUCGCAAACCACCACCAAGUGGGGUCUACGUAUGCCCCAUCUACAAGACACUCACGCGUGCCGGGACUCUGUCUACAACCGGUCAUUCUACCAACUAUGUGAUCGCAGUGGAGCUGCCUACAGAUCACAGUCAGGGACACUGGAUCAAACGGGGGGUCGCCCUCAUCUGUGCACUGGAUUACUGAACACAAACACAUGCACAAAAAGAAAAAGCACCUGUCAUAACUCUGUCUCUUUAUUUUUACACCAUGAUUAUAAUUACAGUUCUGGCUAAUAAGAAAAUAAGCCAUGAGACUACUUCAAAUGUAAAAUAAAUGAUAUUCACCAAGA